AUGCUGCCUCUUCUCCUUCUGGCCGUCCUUCCGCUCUUCGUUUGCUUUAGCGUACACGCUGCUUCCUUCGCUCCUGCCAGCAUCCCUCUUGCAGUCCGCGCUCCCUACGUCAACGCCUGGCAGAACUCGACGAAUGGAUCGGCACCAAUCUCCAAUUCGUGGGCCAAGUUCUGGUCUCAAACGGGCCCGGACCUGGGUUGGAGAGGCUAUAUUCGAAUCGACAGGACAAUGUACGUCUGGAUGGGCGACGACCCCGACUCUUCGGCGUUGGCAAACAUUACUGCUGUGCAAGUCACUCCAACAAGAAGUAUCUACACCAUGCAAGCGGGCCCGAUGAGCCUCACAGUCACCUUCCUUUCCCCUCUCGAGCCUUCCGACUGGGUUAGGCAGUCCAUUCCUCUGUCAUACGUAGCCCUGGAGGCGACCGCGAAUGACAACGCAGCCCACACCGUGCAAGUAUACAGCGACAUCACAGCCGUGAAUUGGACCUCGGUGACGACGAGCAGCAGCCUCUACCACGAAGUCGACUUCAUCACCCCAGUACCCUUCACAGAGUUAAGCGACCGCGCGAUGGACGGACGCGCGUUCUACGCGACAGCAGCAGUACCGAGCCUCUCGUGGCAGAUCGAAGAGGAUCAGAAUGUUCACGACAACUUCAAGACCGACGGCCGUCUUCCCAACACUGUCUUGGACACCCAACCACCCGAUGGGCUGGAUCAUCUCGUCUUCGGCCUCGCCAUCGACCUGGGCACAAUCAGCAAGACUUCGCAGCCUGUGUCCUGGGUGGUGGGGAACCUCCGCAAUCCGACUAUCCUGUAUGUGACACCCACCGGAGAGACCGAAGACCGAGUCCCUUACUACACCACGCAAUACUCGUCUGCCGCCGAUGUGAUCGACGCGUUCACCACCGGCUAUUCGGAUGCUCUCGCGCGCGCGAUUGCGCUAGACGACAGAAUCACGGGAGACGCGGGCAAGAUCUCGUCCGAGUACGUUGACUUGGUGUCGCUCAGCACGCGUCCGACGCUUGCAAGUCUCGACAUCACCGUUUCUCAGAACGCAGAUGGUAGCGUGAACGCGUCGGACGUGAUGGUCUUCAUGCGCGACGUUGGCACCUCGUCGCGUAUCAACCUUGUCGAGCGCAUGUACGCCUCGUUUCCGGCGUUCCUGUAUCUGAAUGCGUCGCUCGCUGGCGCCAUGCUGCAACCGCUGCUGCAGUCACAAUCACAGAAGACGUUGCUUCCUUAUGCGGUACAAGAUCUCGGCUUGCAGUACCCCAUCGCUUCGGGGGGUCAGGGAGGGCAGUCCGAAGGCGUGGAAGAGACCGGGAACAUGCUGAUCAUGAUGUACGCGCACGCCAAGGCUUCUGGCGAUGGCACGCUGCUCGCGCAGAACUACCAUCUUGCCAAGAAGUGGGCUGACUACCUUGUGUCGAACAACAACGCCGUCCUCACACCCAAUCAAGUGUCUGCCGAUGGCGUGAAAGCAGCCAACACAACAAACCUCGCGAUCAAAGGUAUCAUCGCAAUAAAGGCCAUGGCUGAGAUCAGUCGCGUGUUCGGCGCGCUCGGCGACGCAAACAUGUACGACAGCAACGUGACAGCGAUGGUCCAGACAUGGACGUCCCUUGCGACGUCCAACGACUCUAGCGGGCGUAUUCUCGGACAGUACGGAAACUCGGGCUCAUGGGCGCUCAUGUACAACCUUUACCCCGAUGUGCUGCUGGGGACAGGCGUCGUCCCGCAAUCACUUCUUGCUAGCCAGACGCAGUACUACAAGUCACUACUUCAGACCAACGGUGAAGCCCCCCAGCUGUUUUCCCUCCAUGAAUCAUUUCUGAACACCGUUCCGUCAGAUGGGACCUACGGACUCCCUAUCACUUCGACACCAAACAGCCCGUGCAGCUUAUCCUGGCUUUUGUUCACUAGCGCCACUCUCUCCGAAAGCGACACAUCGACCAGAGACUCCAUGAUUUCCGGGGCAUGGAAUCGGACCUCCUACAACGGUGUUGUGGGUUCGAUGCCCGACGACUAUCAGUGCACGACAGGGGCCGGCAUGAGUGGCGCGGCAGGGCCUGCACUGGGCGCAAUGUACGCCCAUCUCGCCCUGAACGUGGUGAACAGCUCUUUCAUCAACGUUCCGUUCAACGGCUCCGCCGGAAGCACGGACUCCGGGAUUGACAAUGGCAAGUCCAGCGUUGGCCCCAUCGUCGGCGGUGUUGUCGGCGGCGUCGCGGUCCUCGUCGUCGCGGGCGUUCCCUUCUGGUAUUUCCAACGGCGGCGACGCCCCCUCUCCGACGUCGUUGUCGACCUAAACGGCUGCGCCACACCGCAACUCUCGCAAGCGCACUCCGAAGGUAGCUUGCCACCAUCCAUGAUGCCCCACCCGUCCCCCCUCAGCACCGAACCGUACCCCCUUCCCGACGGCCAGUCUUCGGUCGAGGCGCAGAUGUCACUCCUGAGCUCUCCCGCACAGUCGCCCCAAAGCGCGACGGGGAGUCCCCCGGCGUACGUCUCCAAAGUCUCGGAGGGAGUCUCCCCACCCAGGCUCGUGCCGAACCGCCGCCCUGCGCCACCGCCCCCGACGGCCGGACGAUACUCGAAAGCGCGCGAAGCUGCCAGGCCACACCAGGCGCAGAAAUACGUCGUAAACGCCUCCGCCGGGCUGGACCCUGACUCGAUUUCGCCGGACGGCCUGAGCCGGCGGGCGCUCGCGCCGCAUUUGGAGACGGACUGGGAGGAUGGCCAGUCGGCCACGUCCGGCGGGGGGGUGUCGGUCCUGCGGGAGGAGGUCGAACGCCUGCGGGCCGUCGUGGAGGAGCUCCGCGAGCAGAGGCUUGCCCCGCCGCCUCGGUAUGAUUCGUAG